ACAAAUCGUAGGCGUUUAUUGAAACAACAAAAAUAUGAGGUCAAGGGAAUAAAUUCCAAUCUUAGUUGUACUUAAUAGCAAAGCUGUCUAUUUGAGAAUUAUAUUUUUACACUACGCAAAAUGAAGUUAAUUAUAACGUUAGUGUGUGUUUUCGUGCCCCUGGUUUCGUCAAUCAACAUAGAAAAGGUGCCCAAGCUCCUUCAAGAAUCAUGGAACCUCAUCACGAAGCCGUACGAAGCAAAAUGCGUUGCAGAAACAGGUGUUAACCAAGUUUACGCCGACAGAAUAUUUUUGUACAGCGAAUAUCCAGACGACGACGCUUUAAAAUGCUAUAUGUUGUGCGUUUGCAAAGAAUUGGGGAUUUUUAACGUCUCCACUGGCGAAUGGAUCGUGGAUGCGUUUCUGCGUGUUGCAGGCAUGACGCCCGAAAUAUACGCAGUCUGUAACGACGAAACGAAAGCCAUUACAAAUUUGUGUCAAAAGACCUUUGAUCUGUCCAAGUGCUUUGCCAGCCAUGUAAGAGAACCAUAAUUGUAAUUCAUGCGUUGUCCAUUCCAUGAACAAUCAGCGUAAACCUUUUUAAUAUUUGUGCUCGUUUAGCUUUCACAAAAAGCAAUGUGUUAUAUUUUAUAUACAAACUCUAAGAUUAAUUUAUCUACCGUAAACAUGAAAUGAAAAUUUGUCAGACCUUUAAAGGAACAUGUUUGAGAUAGAUAUCGAGUAAUGUCUACAGGGCAAUAAGUCCUGAGUAAAUUAUUAUUGCAUUAAAGUGUAUGUUUUAGAAACGAUACCAUAAUUUAAUAAUAAUUAGUCAUAAUUUUAUAUUGUACUUGUUAACUGAUCAUAGUUAUACUUAUUUAAAUUUUAAAUUAUUAAUUAAAACCACUGCAGACGUGUAGUUA